UGAGGAUGCUUCAAGCCAAGGCCAGACUGAUAUGUGGGUGUCAACAGAUAAAGCAAUAUAUUAUAUAGAGUUUAAAUGUUAUUUUCAAGAAACAAUGAAAGAAUUAUUGAUUACAAAUCUAGUGAAACAAGUGGUUAAUCAAAUUUUUGAAAAAGAAUAUUAUAUUGAUAAUAUCGUUUAUAUCUCCAAAACCCAAUUCGCAGUUGAUUGUAUCUGCUCUACUAAGACAAGAAAUAUUUGCAGUAUGAGUAUGCAAGAAUUUGUUACUGAAUCUGGUGGUUUAAAUAUACAUG